GUCCGUCAGGCUCGCCGCCUGCCCACCUGAGGGGCAUGGGGGUCAGGGGGGGCAUGACAACAGGUGUUUGGGCGGACAAGAACACCUGUACCAUGCCCUGUGUGAUUAUAACUUGCCAUGAAAUCCUAAGCUGGUUUGGUAAACUGGAUGACAGCAGGUUACCUAGUGAUGGCAUUACAGGCCAGGGAGCCAGGGCCAUGAGGGGGCCUCUCCUCUCCUCAGAAGGUGUGGGCCCUGGUGUGUGGGCAGGUAUUAUUUAAAUCAUCCAAGAUGGGGGAUGGAAUGCUCUCUCUGUCUUGGAACAACCACAGCACCACAUUCUGUCAUAUGCUCUCAGCCCUCAGGCUAAAGGAGAGAUACACAGAUGCCACGGUGGCCUGUGAGGGCAAGUUUUACCCGGUGCACAAACUGGUGCUGUCAACUUGCAGCCAGUACUUCGAGGAGAUGUUUGACCACACGGCGGGCAAGCAUCCCGUGGUGCUUCUGCAGGACGUUCGCCGUGACGAGCUGGAGGCGCUGCUCAGCUACAUGUACGCUGGCAUAGUCAGCGUGGCUCAGCGGGACCUUUCCAGGCUAAUCAAGGUUGCUGAGCUCCUCCAAAUCAAGGGUCUCGCUGUGCCAGAUGAAAUCCCAUCAGAGAAAAGGAGUAAAGGCAGCAGCAGUCACUCAAGUAGUAGUGAGAAGGUUUCGUCCAGGUCACAUCCCAGUGAAGCGAGUGAUGACCGCAGCAGCCCACACCCCAAAAGGCGGCGGCGGGAGGGUAGCAGCGAGGAGCCCCAGGUCAGACCAGACUCCCCCGGCACUUAUAACUCUGUCUCCCAGGAAUGCUACAAGAACGAGUACCAUAGUCAUGAUGCAGGAGGGGACGAUGCGGCCCACAGACUGGAGGAUGGGAGUUCAGACAUCUGUGAUGGGGACAGGCCAGAGGUGCUGAAAAGAGUCCAUCCUGACAAGGCAGCUCAACACAAAAUUGAUCAUCAGAGUGCAGAGAGAUACCAAGCACACUCCCAGGAUUCCUCCAGAAGCCAGUACAAGGAUGUGAAUGAGGAGACCAUCGAGAUCAAGGAGGAGACCCUGGAGGAGGCAGGGGAGCAGCCCUCCACCAACAACUUGAGUGGGAGCAUGGAGUACUGUGGGGGCAUGCCAGGAGACGCCUCAUCGGAGGGGCCCCAGGAGGACCACAGCAGACUGGUGAUGCCUGCCAAGUAUGACGACCAGGGACACCAGGGCCCGCUUCCACCACAGGCCCUGCCGGAGGUGGUGGUGGAGGCGCUGGCUGGACCCUCCGGCAUGCAUGAGUGGCUUGGGGGCAGUGAGUUCAGCGGAGGCCUGGCUGGCUCGGACAACUACAGUGGCGAGAGCAGUCCCCCGCCCCACCCGGUGGCAAAAGAGAGCAGAGGGAGACCUGUGGGAGGGAGUCUGGAAGGAUCCGCAAGACGCAGAGCAAGACUCAACACAGGCUCCAAGCUGCACCGCUGCACCUACUGCUCCUACUCCACCUACAGGAAAGACCACCUAAAGAUACAUAUCCGCACACACACGGGAGAACGCCCCUAUGGAUGCCCCCACUGCCCCUCACGAUUUGUUCAAACCAAUGCUCUCCGGAAGCACCUCCUGACCCACUCCCGGGAGAAGGCAUCGCUACACCGGUGCACGCUAUGCCCGUUCUCCACCUCCAGGAAGGACGCGCUCAUCCUUCACCUCUGCACACAUGCUGAGGAGAAAUCACUGCUGUGCAAGUUCUGCAAUGUGCAGUUCACCGACGGCAAUCUUUACCAGGCCCACAUCCGCACCCACAGCCAAGACAGGGUGUUGCAGUGUUCCGUCUGUCCCCAAACCUUCAAGUACCAGAAGGCCCUCAAAGCCCACAUGGAGACACACCAAUAGUUCAACAGAGAGAAUAUUUUCAGCCAUCAGUAGGUAUUGUCAAGAGACCGGGUUGACUUCUAUGUGAGGGGUCACUUACCACUAGUUGCAUUGGUCCAGUAUGUACUGAAUAGCCUAGGAACACAAAGGUUUUACACUAUCUUAAACAAUUGCUUCCUCAAUUUGAUCUCAGUACUCUUUGUGUAGGACAAGACUUUAGUGUUGUAGAGUGUUAAGGUAAGGAUAGAGUAUUGGUGGUGCAACAACAGUAUUAUGCUCAAUAUUUCUGUGCUAUAUGUAUUAGUAGGUUUUUACGCACUGUUUUUAUCGUGCAACUGACGUAAUGGUGACAAAAAGAGAAACUUCCUGUACAAAUUAGACUGGAGAUUAAGUAAGAUUUUUUAUGUUUGAUAAAUUAUGUAGAGUGUAUGAGUGAAGUUGAUGUGUUGUAUGUUAUUUUUAAAGCUAGGAUAAGGUUCUGUCCCCUGCAUGGUCACAUAUUGGUAGAGGGAAAGGAGGUGCACAGGACAGGCGGCCUGGUCAAGGUGCUCCAGUGUUUGUCCGGCUCUUCAGCUACUGCCAAAAACCCAAGUUAUUAAAUGAUAACACGCUGCUGGUGCAUUGACACACUGGCAAAAAGACCACUUCCUCGUCCUUACCGGCCCUUGCUUUGGAGACUGGGUGGCUUUCCUGCAGAGGCAAUCGUAUCUGAUUCAGCAUUCAGGUAGUCAAGCCCUAUUGGUGUUGCCAUUUGGUGGGAGAAAAAGCAUCCUGUAACCCUGGCAGGGCUGUCCGACCCUAGCUGUGUAACCCAGUGAAAAGCCACUAUUCCCUCUGUCCCUCGCUGUUCAUCAGUGAAGCACCUCAACAGCCAUCCUUAGGUUUCUAUUGGCACAAAGGCCAUUUUUACCUACCCCUCGAAUUUCAGGGGACCUUUAGAGUCAUAUGUUCAGGCAUGAUUGGUGAUUCUUUUCAGCUACCAGUGAUAGGUGUAUUAUUGUAGUCUGUAGCUGUUUUUAUGGAUGAUAAGUCAUAGACAUUUUCUCAUGGAGAUUAUUAUCAGUAUGUUCGUUGUUCACCUUCACAGUCAUUAAUGUUUCGUGUUAUUUGUGUUGCUUGCCAGGGAUGAGGCGUACUACCAUGAUAUUACUACAGUUUUAGUUUUGUAACGCAUCCGGUUUCAUUGUUAGAUGAUUGAAGUAUGACUGACUGUUAGUGACACUGAUAGAGGUUUAGGGAUGAUAGUCACUUUGUAGCUUUAUAGCAUGGAAAACAACCUGCCACUACAUGUACAAAUGUCAUGUAAGAUAUUUGUUGAGAAUCUCGAGUUGGUUGCCAAAUAUGUCACUUGUGGUGCCAAUCUUUUAUGGAGUAUGUGUGUGAACAAGUACUACAUUUUAUAUAGUGUUCUGUCCUAGACAUGCAUUAUAAAGUACAAGCAACGUUUCCUGCUAAAUGGUUUGCGUGUCCGUCAACUCUUGAAAACCUUUUGAUAAAUAGAAAUUUAUUUAUCAGACAAGUCUCGGUAACAUGCAAAUGAUAAGUUUUAACUAGUGCUACAUGUGGACCAGCCAUGUUCAAAUUUUCACUGCCCAGAAAAUUUUAUUAUUAGAAAAUUGUCUAUUGUGAAAGUAUUAUAAUUGCUUUAGUAACUUUGAUAGUAUGUCUUUGUUUACUCAAUAAACACUAGACCAUG